CUAGAACUGAAAGACUACGCCAAAAGAAGCGUCAAUUUGAGCUGCUUGUAACCAGUUCAAAUCAAGUGCCUGCCUAUGUUGGUACUUCAAGUUAUGGUGUCCAAAAUAUUAGUGGUCCAGGACAGUUCAGUAGCACACUUAGACCUCAGCCAGAUGCAAUCAGUACUAUUAGAACAUCGCUUCAACUUAAUGAACAGCAAAUCCAACAUCCUAUUGCUCCUUUCUAUUCACCAUCUCUUCAAAAUGUAUAUCCCUCAAGCAAUACUAUCCCUGCAAGUUCACAACUACCAGGCAAUAAAGCCCAAGCCCCCAUGGUGAUGCUCUACCCACAGACUGCAGAGCACAUAAACCUUCCUCGAAUAUCAGUGCCCCAGAAUGAAGGAAAUGUUUUGGGUCCUUCAGAUUACAACCAACUUUAUUCCAACAAAAAUAUUGCGUACAAUUCAGGUAAUGCUGUCUAUAGUCCCCAGACACUUGCCAAAAGGGCCUCUGGUGACUCCCAUCUUUCUGAGGACAAUUUUGCAAGCACACGUGCAAGGCAAUAGAAGCCAGUAUAUAACAAAAACAAUUCCAGGGAAAGAGCAGAUAUCAGAGGUUGUAGUUGUUCAUGAUGAUGAGGAUGAGGUAUCCAAUAACAACAUGAAUAGAACAUCCUUAAGAACUGGUUACCAAAACAGUGAAAUAGGAGUGAUUAGCAGCAACAUUACAACUGCUAAUGACCGUGCUUUCAUUAAAGGACAUGGAAUGGCAUCUGCCUUUUCCCAACCCUCUUCAAACCUUACAUAUCAUGCACAAGGAUUGUCAUCACAAGAUCACAUUUUGCAGCCACACACUCUCUCUGGUCACUAUCCACCAGAAUCUUUACAACCUUUGCAUCAUCCUUUACCAGCACCCUCCAAAUCACACGAAGUACAAACCACAUUGGAAAGUGUAGCCAGAACAGAUUUUCAUCCAGCAUCGGCUAAUAAUCAAGUCACUUUAGGAUCAUCUAGAGAUUAUGUUAAUCAAAUGGAAGAUAUAAGAAGUGCAAAUCUACAUGCAACUCACAAAGAGUUAGGAAGUCCAUCGGCCGAGCAAGUAGUUUCAAGGAGAGAGCUAGAAGUGCUGGAUGAUCAUUCACCCCAUGAAAGGGGCCUGGGAUUGGAGGAUAUUAAUCAUGAGACAUGUAUUAAGCAAGAAGAAGAAAUGAGAAAUGUUCCUGAGUCACUUCGUCCAGCCGAUGAACAGCUUUCACAUCGGUAUGAUUCUAUAGAGGAAGAGAAAAUUGGUGAUCAUGAUGUUCAGAUUCUUAAUGAUGUUCCAGAUGAAAGGAACAAUAAUGAUGUAGCAGUUGAUAAUGAUAGAUCUAUUUUAGGAAUGAAAGCAGUUGACACAGGAUUACAAAAGGAUCCAGAUGUGAUGGAAGCAGACCCUGUUGAAGAACAGACCCCAGAGGUGAUUGAAGCAAAUCAUAUUGAAGAACACACCCCAGAACAGAUUGAAACAGACCCCAUUGAAAAACAGACCCCAGAAGCGUGUGAUUCACGGAGACCAAGUACUACAGGUAGCCAAGCAGAAUCAGAAUCUAUUCCAGAGAGACAAAAAGACGUGACCCCAGGCUCUCUUGAUAGUGAGAGGAUAGUUACAAUGAAAAGUGAUUCGAGUGAAGAAAACGAACCAGCACUUCCUGGAAAAAGUACCCCGGGAGAAACUACCCAGUCACCAUCUCGAGAGACCAGUUUCUCCAAGUCAUAUCCUCAAAACAUAACUAACAAGGUUGAUGAAGAUGAUGACUCUGAUUUUUUUGACAGAGAAAUACCAGUUACUGCAUCAAGAGCUUACAAAAACCUUGUGGGUGAUAUGUCUGUUGGAGGACCAGGGAUUCCUACUGAAAGUGACAGUGAUGAUAUUGAGGGACAAAUGUCUGCUCUAGCUGUGAGAGGGAAUCUGGUAAAGAAACCAACAUUCCGACCUUUUGCAUCAAGUAUUCCAUCAUUGCGGCCUAAACCUCCAAGUACAGACACUGAUAGUGUUGACAGUGUGGAAGCUGCUAUACAAGUGGCAAUGACGAAGGGCAAAGACGAGAAACCAGAUGCCUCAGAGAAGGAGCAAGAACCAGCAAAGUUGACAGAAACCCCAGAUUCAGAGUCAAAGCCACCUAUAGCCAAGGAAACUGCCCCUGUACCUGCAGGGGGAGCUAAACCAGUGAAAGGGAAGUCCAAACCAUCAGGAGCACUUAACUUGAAGCUGGACUCUGAUUCAGAGUCCUGCGAAGUUAGUGGAGGAGACAAUGAAUCUGAUGAUGAUUUUGACUUUUAUGGUUAG